CUUUUGAUGGCUCCGGAGACAGGUGCGUGACUCCUGGACGUUCCUUAGCGAUUGUGCGACCGUGGGCCAAUUCCUAACGUCUGUGUGCCUCAGUUUCCCUGCAAUGAUGUUCUGGAAGCUCUCCCUGUCCUUGUGCCUGGUGGCCGUGCUGGUGAAGGCGGCCGAGGCCCGGAAGAACCGGCCGGCGGGCGCCAUCCCGUCGCCCUACAAGGACGGCAGCAGCAACCACUCGGAGAGAUGGCAGCACCAGAUCAAGGAGGUGCUGGCCUCCAGCCAGGAGGCCCUGGUGGUCACCGAGCGCAAGUACCUCAAGAGUGACUGGUGUAAGACGCAGCCGCACGGUCCUCAACCGCUUCUGCUACGGCCAGUGCAACUCCUUCUACAUCCCGCGCCACGUGCGCAAGGAGGAGGAGUCCUUCCAGUCGUGCGCCUUCUGCAAGCCGCAGCGCGUCACCUCCGUCCUCGUGGAGCUCGAGUGCCCCGGCAUGGACCCUCCCUUCCGACUCAAGAAGAUCCAGAAGGUGAAGCAGUGCCGGUGCAUGUCCGUGAACCUGAGCGACUCGGACAAGCAGUGAAGCCCCCGCGGCUCCCCGCGAGCUCCCCGGGCCGCCGCCUUCGUCCCCGUCCUCGGAGCCCGCGCGGCGCUGCCCGGUGGCCCCUCCGCUGCCCGCGCGGCUCCCAAGUGGAGCUUCGCCGCGGCGUCCGGCCGAUCGCGGGACCCCCGCGCGCCCCGCCCCCCUGCGCGCCCCCAACGCGCUGCGCUCCGGGCCCGAGGGACGCGGCUGGAAACCCGCUCCGCGCCAGCCGGCGGCCGGAGAGGACCUUCGGGGGCCGCGCGGCCAGUCUGGCGUUGAUGUUUCCACCAUGUGGAAAAGCCCGGCUUUCCCUGGCCUCCCCCCACACUCCAGCUCCCGCCGCGCGGAGGUGAAGGAUGCGGCGCUCGGCCCUGUCCCGCGGGGCCCGGGGGAGCCUCCACUCGGUGAAGCGGGGACUGUCCUCGCGCGGCGGCGAUGCGGGCCUGGACCGUGUCCCCGCGCGUGGAGGGGAGGUUCUCCUAACCAGCCCGCUACGCCCUACCCGAGAAGACGACUUGAGCCACUGGGAUCAUGAAAUGGGCUUCCCUGGGAACCUUGCUCGCAGCAGGCCGCCCUCUCCCCCACCCCCAGCCACCACCACCUCUUCUUCCUCACCCCCCCUCCCCCCACGUGUGGACUCCGAUGAACUCCGGUGUGCAUGCUAUUAUCGCUGCAAUUAGAAUAUUAUUACACACAACGGUCUCCGUAUUAACGCUGGUUUUGUAACUGACCUGUAUUGUAAAGGGCUGUGCAGAAGCGCUAUAGACCUAUCCAUGUAUCGUCUCACGAGUUUGGACUCCGGCUUUGCAGCACGGUUCUGAGUAAGGCUCGGCAGGGUUGAGCUCAGGAAUAAAGCCCGGUCAGCAGUUCACUGGCCAGGACCUAGUCUUACAUUGGGCAGGGAGAUGGCAGGUGAUCUCACAUUGUGCUCUUACGGUGAAAACUGUUUCACUGAAGGUACUAAAUAAAUCAUCGCAGCACAAU